GAGUGAUGAAUGUGACCCUGUCGGUAAACAUCUCACCACCUGUGACUGAACCGCAUUGAAUAAAAUAAUCGGUAGAUGAAAGAAUCUUCUAAAGUUUAAGUGCAAUGGAUUCAGGGUGGUAAUCGGUCCCUGUGCUGGAAGUUAGUAUUUACUAUCCCUGCUCUCUGCUCUCUGCUACUACGACAUAAUUUCAAACCCAUUUACUAUCCCUGUAGAGAAAAUAAAAUGCAGAACACCUCGCAUCCUUUUGGAAUCUUCUGUCGCGGAAAGUGAAAAGAAAUCUGUGAUCCAAAAUGAAAAAUGUCGAUUGGAAGAUCGGAUGAAAAGCAGUGCGAUCGGUAAAAGUUCGCGCAUCGGAAUAACAUCUUCCAGCUGGGAAAUCGGUUAAUUGCAGCCGCAUCCUCACGAGUAGAUGUGCAAGUUGUAGAAUAAGCGCGGCGUCCUCGCGAUAUUUCUCUACAUUGAAGGACCAUAAUGCGACUUGAUUAAAGGCCAACUAAAGUUUUUUGAUUAUUUCGCUCUCUACUUCAACUUCUCGAGGUCUGCUCUACAACACACAGGCACUAGGGCUAGUUGCUUUCUCCUGCUUGCUGGUUUCUUGUCUUCACAGACAAACUCCACUCCACUUCACAGACAAACUUCAGUAGUAGGAUAGACCUGUGUCUCUGGUCUUUGUAUCAGUAUCAACCUCCACGACCCGAUUUUCAGCUGACAAUAAGCGACACCUCGACGAAAAAAGUUAACUUUUGAUAACAACGCGAACAACGACCUAUCAAUCUUAUCUAUCAUAUCUAUAUCUGUCAAGCAAAACUUCCGAUCGCAAUCGAUCUUUAUACUGUAAUCUAUAUCUAUAUCUAUCAAACUGCACCAGUAGGGCGCAACAACUUUUUGUGAAGACAGGGGUGUUGUCGCCAACAACUUUUUGCGAGCAGAAGUAGCAGGGGUGUUGUCGCCAAUACAAAAUUGUAAUUGAUAGUUGUACACAGAGCCGGGUGUUCUUGCAACAGCGCAGUACUUGAAAAUGCAAAACCGGACAACCUAAACAGAGAAGUUUUUUCGCUGUUUGGGCAAAAAAGCUUUUCACUUUCAGCCGUAUUUGCUCUCGCCAGCUGCCCCUUCGCCGUGCAAUAUUGAGUGCUGGGAACGUAUUGAGGCCACCAAAAACGAAUCUGGCUGCCGCGCUCUAUCUAGGUUGUCGCAGGCUUUGGCUUUGCGCGGUGCUGCAGAUGAAGCGCUCCUAGAAGGUGUCUCAACAGGUGGCGUGCGAACCUAUAUAACGACGCAACUGCUUGGGCGGUUGAGGUGACACACCUCCGCCGAGGCGCGCCAAGUGUGUUUCUCAAGGAGCUGGCAGCUGGAGGCGCGCCAGCGUUUGCUAACACUCGAAAAUCCUCUGCGCAGAGACCGCGCCGCCCAGUCUGCCGCAAAACAACUCCAGAAAGCACCAGCGCGAAACUGCUCCUUGAUAGUGUCCAGGAUCAUCUCCGGACGCAAUACAGGUCGCGUCCACAUGUGGGAAGACGCUUAUCCUGGACAGGGGCCCACGCCGAUCACGGAGCUUGCGCGACACAUUGGAGCCGACAUUUCUCGCCUCCUUUCCUUCUUCGCAGAAGUCCGCUCGAUGAGAAGAAACUUCUGACUUUGGGGAUUUUUUUGCCGGAUUUUGCCAAAACUUCGCCAAAAACCCGGAUUUUGGCGAAGUUUUGGCAAAAUCCGGCAAAAAAAUCGCCAAAAUGAGGAGAUUCUUCUCAUUGAGCGGCAUUCGGCGAACGGGGAAGGGAGAGGUGAGACCUCAGCUACAUCGUGUCGGGCAAGCUCCGGAAUGUGCGAACCCCGGGCCAGGAUUAACCCUUUUCCGCAUGUGGAUGGACUCUGGCUCGCGUCCGAGAAUAGCUCGGGACAUUUCCCCGGCAACCCACGGAGCAACUCCGCAAGGGAGCUCGCUGGAGUCGCUUUGCGGUAGAUUGGGCUGGUCGGUCUCUGCGAAAGGGCGCUUCGAAGACCAGAUCAGGAGGUUGAUGCAACUGCAGCGGCCGUCACGCUUGACUUGCUUGAGAGGCACAGCUGGCGCGCCAGGAGUGAGAUGCGUCAUCCCAACCGCCCAGCGAGUUGCGUCUUUAAGUUCCCGCACCACACGCAGACGCGCGCUGCAGGAUCGCGCCAGCUGUGGCACUGCGCAAGGCCUGCGACCACCUCUAGCACGACAAUCAGUCUUGUUUUUGCGCAACCUAACACGCGCAACUCGAUCCAAUAUCGCGCGGAGAAGGGGCACCCGGCGAGAGCAAAUACGGCAGAAAAUGAAAAGCUUUUUUGCCCAAACAGCAAAAAAACUUCUCUAUUUAGGUUGUCCGGUUUUGCAUUUUGCACGUUCAUAGUACACAGAGCCGGGUCGUGUUCUUGCAACAGCGCAGUACUUGAAGAACUUCCUUCUCUUUGAGUUCGAGGUUUCGACGAAGAUGUCUGCUCUGCAAAAACACAACUCCUCCCCUAUCCGCCUGGUCUCCGGGGGGCGGGCGAGCGCGUAUUUUCUCGCAACCUGCAGUUUGGCCGGCCACGUGGGCGUCGUGCACGGGAAGUUUCUGUCCGCGAGCUCUACUUCCUCGCAACAUGCUGGUGCAGGAGCGGGGGCUAGUGCCAGUAGUUAUUUACCGGUUCAGCUGUACUCGUGGAACCCAAAAGACUUAAAAUGGUCUCGUACGCGCGAAAUUAGGACGCCCUGCAGUAGUGCAUCUUCGCCAGUACUAGAUGACUCCUCCGGGGUGGAUUCCGCCCCUAUGAAGAUCAGUGUGGAGGACGUCAAGCGUCACGUCAUCGCGACCAUCUCUUCGUCUCCUCAGACCGAUGAAGUUCCCACGUUCAUCGGCUGGCGCCGCGUUUCGCUCACACGAGUCAAGCCGAUCGCGGAGGGAGGAAAGCUCGUCGGUUACGACUCAAUGGAACUGACGGACGCGGAGAUUUCGCCCGACGGCAUGGUUCGCAGCAACAAGCGGACUAUGAUAGAGUGCCUUCCGUACAUGAAAGUCUUCGCCCGAGUUCAUCGGUCGGUUGUAAUGGAAAAGGUCGUGCACCGUGGCGGAACGUCUUUUGUUCCCGAAUUUUUCUGGUCGCAAAGUGCGACGAAUACCAUUCGAGGCAUCACCUGGUGGGGGGCAGGCGGAAUACAAGAUUUUUUGGAGUACGUGGCACCGCACGAGAAGGUUCCGAUGCCCAAAACCUUGAAUGUCUGGCAAGCGUUUGCAAAUUAUGUGCCGCUGAAACGUUUUCUGCAGCCCGAGGAAGCAGCGCACAAGGCAGUGUGCGUGGCGGAGGACAAGACGAACACGUGGCUUGAUACUUUCAGCCCCCAGCAGUAUGCGACGAAACAAUUACAAAGCCCCAAUUUGGCGAUCCGAAUCACAUUUUCAUUUACAGUUGUCGAAGACACUUUCGUUAAAUAAUCGGCAUGCGGGGGACAGGUGCCUUGAUGAAAACCUUAAUUGAACUUUUACAACUUGUAGAGACUAAAACGACAACAUCAACAUACUUAUAUACGAAGAAAAAAGACACCGCGUUUAUUUCUGUUGUGACAUCGAGGUCGAGCAGCACAACCACAAGGUCAUCAUCAUUGCAGCUCGCGGGGCUUUGCUCAAUUUCUGCUUCAGAAGCGAAGGACUCCUCCCCCCGGACGCGGGAAGCCGUAUAUCGAGGAGCAGGAGUAAGGCGCUCUCACACGAUACAUUCUCAACUGUUACAUAAAAUUUUUGUGACGCAAGAAUAGCAGCAAAAGGGAACGGGAAAGACUUUGCGCGUCUUGCAAUGCAGAUUUGGCACGGAUGCUAGUGCCGCUAUUGAGCGCGGCGAGAACUUGUCAACACGCAAAGAUGCUGAAUCGAUUGCAGGGUGAAAGUGAUUCUGCAUGGCAAAGAGUGCAACAGUUGAGAAUGUAGUGCGUGAGCGUGCCAUAAGGAGCAAGCGAUCGACAUGAGAUUGAGGAGGCGUGGUGCUGGCCAAGGCAAAAUAUCGCACGAAAAACCAGAUGAAUCGGUGUCACUGUAAAGGGUGAACUUGUGUAUGCGGAGCAUGUGCAUGCGUUAUGUUGUAGCAUGCGACCAGGACCAUGAGUGUUUGUUUAUGUCUUGCUAGAAAUGUAACUGCGCUGGAAAAUAGAAAAAAAAAAUCAAUUGCAAGAAAGAACAGAAAGUCUUUUUUUCUUGUUGCCAGUUUCAUCUCAUCGCAAACUAUGGUGGAGUGAAGCCACGCAUGAGCAGGUCGGAUAAUUUUUCCUGUCUUCGUGCGAAAGAAAAAUAAACUCGUCAGUUGUAGUCAUGCGAGUCGUUUAAUUGGACAAUCGAAACCACAGUGAAACUGCAUUUUUUUCGUACCAUGCGGGAAUAAGGAUAUUCGUGUUGAGGAUGAAAAAGCUGAAUUUACGAAAGCGUUGGAGGCCACCGGUUUUUCCCCUACUGCGAAUCCCGACCUGGGACCGUUUUUCGGCCAGCGGGACAAUCCCGCGGCGCCCCUUUCGAAAUUUGACCAGCACACAAAUCUCUUUUACUACGAUCUGACCAGAUUGCCCAAGGUGACGGAGCUGCUUCUUUCGUUUUACGACCUGCCGCUUCAGGAUGCUGCAGCGAGCUCUUUCUUCUACGCAGGCGCACAGCUGCUCAGGGUCAUCAACAAGGUGGCGGAGCGGACGCAUCAUGCUCUGGGCCAGUUUGUGCCCGUGGAUGCCGGGAAUCCGUCAAAUGUGCCUUGGCCGGAUCCGUUCUCGAGCGCCUUCCGUCACGGCGAUCUGGGCAUGAAGGCACAAAGCAGGGCGGUGCGCCAACUGCAGAGUUCCGCGGCGCCCCUGAUUGCGGCGAUUUACGGGGAGCUGGAAGAGCUGGAGGAAUGGAACAGACAAAGUUUGCAAUACUUGAACGAGUACAAGCAUGCAUUGGCAGAGAGUCGCAGUAGCCUCGAGUGGACCAAGCGCCAGGACUGGGCAGGAGUAUGGUCGGUGUCGGACGAGUACAGACGGAACCUACGGGAGCUGGAGCACGUGGAGCGCAAAUUCGACAGAGAGAAGCAGCAGCAGGCAAAGAAAUAUAAGAAUCAAAAGGCCGCGGGGGAGCGCAGACUGAAAGAUGCAGCUGUGUACGAAAACGCGGUGUCGCAGUCCGUGCAGACAACCCCGGCACAUACCGGAACUCCCCAUGGGAGGUAUGCAAGGGAGGAGGAGCUUGCUAGGGAAGCUCGGGAGGAUCUAGCAGCCAAAGCUGCAGGGGGGUUGGAGGGACUCCGCAGCCCUAGACCAAGUUCUCCUGCAGCUCGAAGUAGACAACUCAACGAUGAUCCGCCGAUGACGCCCCAGGGACGGGCUCCCGGGAGCACCUCGUCCCGUCGUUUCCCGCAGGAAAUCACUCCCUCUACGCGCGCCCGCCGACAGAAGCGAUCUGACGAGCAUGAAGCCACAAUUCCACCCUGGCAGAAGAGUUACCGCAGCAUGUGGGUAUCCAUGGUGUUCGCCCCCGCCUGGCGGCACUGUCGCGUUUUGGGCGCCUUUAUCAAAGUGAAAAAUCCCCACUCCCCAUAUAAAAACGGAGAUUUAUGCAGCAUGAUUUGAUGUGAUCACAAAUCACGUUGUCAUGCUAGAACGAAAGGGAUGCGGACUGUGGUGCUGGCUGGUGUUGGAAGGCCUUGUGCCCUCAGCAUGACAGUACACAUAAUUUCCUCUUCGAUAUGGGCUGGGGGGAUUUUUCCUCACAAUAGCCGUGUAUCGCACAGGUGUGGUGCUCUUGAACGAAUACUACUCGCGGAGAGACCGGCUGCUCCGCCCCCACGGCCACCCGCCGCAAGCGCCUGCCUUCGCCGAGAAGCUCCAAGCGGCUGUUGGAAAGGGCCAGGCUGUGGCGUUGUUGGCCGGAGCACCUCGUAGUGGAGAUGCGUUGGUCCGGCUGCAUGCUCUCCAGACCUGCAAGAACGUUUUCGGGGAAAACUUUGAGCGCAUCCAAAAGACCGACCUGUCCCGGAAAAGAACAAGUCCCUUGCCCUACCGACGGGCGCUGGUGCAGCUGCAGAUGGAUUCUCCGGCGCUGAUGAUGGAUGACUCCGGGGACGAGCUUGUCCGCAACAUGCCCAUCAAACUCGAAGACGCGAUUCCCGGUUUAUCAAAUGCGACGUCGAUGAUCACGACUGCCGAAAGAACCCGAAUUUCCACUUCUCAAAAUCAUGACUCUUGUCGGCACGGCGACAACGACGUGAUGGAAGUAACAAGAAGGAUACAAUAGGAGUCUUCAACCAGCAAGUUAAAGACGACCAAAUUCAAUUAUAAAAGAUUAAGGCGACGUUCGCGUCGUCGUCGUUGUCGCCCUUGAUUUAAGGGAGCAUGGUGAUGAUGUUCAUGUUCUUGAAAGCCCCCUGCAGCUGCCUUUGCAUGGUGGACAGAAUGUUGACAAGAAAAAAUUUUGCAGCGAAACGACCGCAACUGGUGCAACAAAAGUGGUCCUUUGUCAUGAGAAAAGUAGACGAGAGGAUUCGGUUUUUUGGGGUCGUGAUCUUCGAGAAGGAUACAAAACGAAAGAUGAGGAAACGGAAGAGCUCAAAACGAAAGAUAUUGACGCUCUCUUUGUGAGUCCGUAG